UCUGCAUACUGAAAAGGUCGAGGUCACAUCUUGGUCAUAAGGUGAAAGGUCAGUUCCAGCACAUCCCUCCAAGUAGAUGGGGUACUUACAAGAAUCGAUGUGGAUUCGUUCACUGUCCAGUACCUCUCAACACCUACCCAGCGUUCAUUUCUAUCCUCACAACCCGGAUGUCUUCUCCCAUCAACGUCUUCCCCGUCAACUACCCUGGACCCCCCAACAACAACCUCACCCGCUGUUACCCUGCCGUGCAUGGGAACUUAACCGACGUCAACACACUAGUCACGGCACUGGAGACCAACAGAUACUUCGGGACAGACAAGUUCAUCUUCUACAACUACAGCAUACCAGAACAGGUCAACAAAGUCUUGCUGCAAUAUGAGAGAGAAGGCAUUGUGGAGAUGAGGAACUGGAGGCUGCCCUUUCCCCCAGAGGAAAUCCACUACUUGGGACAGAUGGCGAGUAUGCAUGACUGUGUCUUCUCUCAGCUUGGAGUGGCCAAAUACGUUCUUCUUGCUGAUGUUGAUGAAAUUGUUGUGCCUAAGAAUAACGUUUCAUUGGUAGAUCUGGCUGACAGACUACUGAAUACAAAAGAUCCACGCUCUCAAAAAAAAUAUGGAGCGCUUAUGUUCCAAAACACGUUUUUUUCACUCUAUGAAAAUGAGACAAAAUACAUGUUUUCUGAAAAAAAGAUUGCGAAGAAAUUCAGAAUGAAGGCAUUUCUGCAUACAAACAGGUCACGCAUAAAUGGUCAAAAUUACAGAUCAAAACUUCUUGUGAAACCCGAGGCUGUGGAUCUGAUUCAUGUUCAUAUCAUGGAAAAGUUCCUUCCUGACUGGGCGAUGUAUGUAGUCAGCCCAGAAGUCGCUUUAUUGCAUCAUUAUCGGGAGAAAUACGACAGUCAGAGCCUUGCACCUUGGAGUCAGGAUUUCACCUUCAUCAAACACAGCAGUAGUUUAAUACCCAACAUAAAGAAGCGACUUUUAAAUCUCCAAAGUAAUCUGGGAAUAAAGAUUUGAGUUUUGUCAUUGGGUCGUAAUAUAAACGACAAAACCCUUUUCACAUCCAUAAGAAAUUUAUGCUCAAAGCAGAGUCGAUUGUAUAAUGCCGACCAUAUUAUAACGCUCUUUCAAAUAGUGAUGAUACCACGUGUUCGCUCAAAGGUGGGCGUGUCAGUAGAACAAUAGAUCAGAUAAAGUGUGGUAUCAGUGAAAACAGGG